UGAGGUUACUUUUUAAAUGAAGGAAUUAAGACAAUAUUGUUAUCACCUGUAGGCGGGUGACCUGCCCAGGAUGUUAUCCAGUGCAGACUCUGGGACGGCACGUCUGUUUCAGAAUACCAGUUCCACAUGGGGAAUUGAAUAGUGUCAACAACUAAAGAUUAGCCUUUGCUUGUUUGUAGAAACGACAAAGUAAAGGAGCUAGAAGAGUUCAUAGUCUGAGGGGUAAACACACUGAAAAGGAUAGUGUUUCUCAUUCUGGGAGACGGUUUUAUAUCAGUCUGAGAAAAGCAUCUGAGUAGUUUUAAUCAAACACCCUGGGCUUAGGCUAGACUUCCAGUGGCUCAUCCACAUGAUGGAUGGAUAAAGAGCACUGACUGGAGAAUCAGUGGCUCCUGAAGAGGCAGCUGUUGAAGGUUCUCGCCAGGCAAUUGUCUGGCAAUUGUCUUGAUAAAUGAGACUAUGCAGUUGCAAAGCAAACAAAGCCGAGGCCGCUAAGUUGACCAGGAAAAGUCAUUUUUUUUCCGUUUGUAUUGUAGCGCAGGUGCCUAUAGGAGCAGAGAGACACUGGGGUGCCCAGCUGACCUUCAUUAACAUCAGAUCAGUUGCUAAUUUCACUGACCAAUGACUGCGGGAAGAGUGCAAAGUCUGUUGUACCCAUACAUUGACCCCUUUCUGGGUCCUUCUCACAUCAAGUAUGAUGGAGGGAGAUAAGUGAGUGAACCAAAUAUCCUGGUGGUCUGAGACAUUUCCCGUCUGUGACUUCAGUUUUUCUCUCCAGCAGCAGCUUCCCACACCUAGUUCCCCCGAGGGAUCCAGCCUGGACUGGAAGUGGGCAGCGCUCCAGAGACGUGGGAGUGAACGCUGCACGGAAAUACCUGCUCACCUUAGGAGAAACCAAACUUGGGGAGAAUGUUUGCGGUACACUUGAUGGCAUUUUACUUCACCAAGCUGAAGGAGGACCAGAUCAAGAAGGUGGACAGGUUCCUGUAUCACAUGCGGCUCUCCGAUGAGACCCUUUUGGACAUCAUGGCUCGGUUCCAGGCUGAAAUGCAGAAGGGCCUGGGGAAGGACACCAACCCCACAGCGUCGGUGAAGAUGCUGCCCACCUUUGUCAGGGCCAUUCCAGAUGGCUCAGAAAACGGGGAGUUUCUUUCCCUGGAUCUUGGAGGAUCUAAGUUUCGAGUCUUGAAGGUGCAAGUCUCCGAAGAGGGGAAACGAAAUGUCCAGAUGGAGAGUCAGUUCUACCCAACACCCAACGAAAUUAUCCGAGGGAAUGGCACAGAGCUGUUUGAAUACGUAGCUGACUGUCUGGCAGAUUUCAUGAAAACCAAAGAGCUGAUGCAGAAGAAAUUACCUCUUGGCCUAACCUUUUCUUUUCCCUGCAAACAGACUAAAUUAGAAGAGGGUGUCCUGCUUUCAUGGACAAAGAAGUUUAAGGCGCGGGGAGUUCAGGGCACAGACGUAGUGAGCUCUCUGACCAAUGCUAUGAGAAAACACAAGCAGGACUUAGAUGUGGACAUCCUGGCUUUGGUCAAUGACACCGUGGGGACCAUGAUGACGUGCGCCUAUGAUGAUCCCUACUGUGAAGUUGGUGUCAUCAUUGGCACUGGCACCAACGCGUGCUACAUGGAGGACAUGAGCAACAUCGAGCUGGUGGAAGGCGACGAAGGGAGGAUGUGCAUCAACACCGAGUGGGGGGCCUUCGGGGACGACGGGGCCCUGGAGGACAUCCGCACCGAGUUCGACCAGGAGCUGGACCUCGGCUCUCUGAACCCCGGGAAGCAGCUGUUUGAGAAGAUGAUCAGCGGCCUGUACUUAGGUGAACUCGUCAGGCUCAUCUUGCUGAAGAUGGCCAAGGCAGGCCUCCUGUUUGGCGGCGAGAAAUCCUCCGCUCUCCACAUUAAGGGCAAGAUUGAAACACGGCACGUGGCUGCCAUGGAGAAGUAUAAAGAAGGCCUGGCUAAUACAAGAGAGAUCCUGACGGAUCUGGGCCUGGAGCCUUCGGAGGCCGACUGCGUCGCGGUCCAGCACGUCUGCACCAUCGUUUCCUUCCGCUCAGCCAAUCUCUGUGCAGCGGCCCUGGCAGCCAUCCUAACACGCCUGCGGGAGAACAAGAAGCUGGUGCGGCUCCGGACCACGGUGGGCAUGGAUGGCACACUCUACAAGAUCCACCCCCAAUACCCAAAACGCCUGCACAAGGUGGUGAGGAAACUGGUCCCGAACUGUGACGUCCGCUUCCUCCUGUCGGAGAGUGGCAGCACCAAGGGGGCCGCCAUGGUGACCGCAGUGGCCUCCCGCGUGCAGGCCCAGCGGAAGCAGAUUGACAAGGUGCUGGCUUUGUUCCGGCUGACCCGAGAGCAACUUGUGGGCAUUCGGGACAAGAUGCGGGUUGAGCUCGAGUACGGGCUGAAGAGGGACACCCACCCGCUGGCCACGGUCAAGAUGCUGCCCACCUACGUCUGCGGGAUGCCAGAUGGCACAGAGAAAGGAAAGUUCCUUGCCCUGGAUCUCGGGGGAACCAACUUCCGGGUCCUCCUGGUGAAGAUCAGAAGCGGACGGAGGUCAGUGCGAAUGUACAACAAGAUCUUCACCAUCCCCCUGGAGAUCAUGCAGGGCACUGGCGAAGAGCUGUUUGACCACAUUGUGCAGUGCAUCGCUGACUUCCUGGACUACAUGGGCCUCAAGGGAGCCCAGCUGCCUUUGGGCUUCACAUUCUCAUUUCCCUGCAGGCAGGCGAGCAUUGACAAGGGAACACUCAUUGAGUGGACCAAAGGCUUCAAGGCUACUGACUGUGAAGGGGAAGAUGUGGUGGACAUGCUCAGGGAAGCCAUCAAGAGGAGAAAUGAGUUUGACCUGGACAUAGUCGCAGUUGUGAAUGACACAGUGGGGACCAUGAUGACCUGUGGCUAUGAAGAUCGUAAUUGCGAGGUUGGCCUGAUUGCAGGAACAGGCAGCAACAUGUGCUACAUGGAGGAGAUGAGGAACAUUGAACUGGUGGAAGGGGAUGAAGGGAAGAUGUGCAUAAACACAGAGUGGGGAGGAUUUGGAGAUAAUGGCUGCCUAGAUGACAUCCGGACCCAGUACGACAAGGAGGUGGACGAGGGGUCCUUGAAUCCUGGCAAACAGAGAUACGAGAAAAUGACCAGUGGGAUGUACCUGGGGGAGAUUGUGCGGCAGAUCCUGAUUGACUUGACCAAGCAGGGUCUUCUCUUCAGAGGGCAGAUUUCAGAGCGUCUCCGGACCAGGGGCAUCUUUGAAACCAAGUUCUUGUCUCAGAUUGAAAGCGAUCGGCUGGCCCUCCUCCAGGUCAGGAAGAUCCUGCAGCAGCUUGGCCUGGACAGCACGUGUGAGGACAGCAUCGUGGUGAAGGAGGUGUGCGGAGCUGUGUCCCGGCGGGCGGCCGAGCUCUACGGUGCCGGCCUGGCCGCCGUCGUGGAGAAGAGGAGGGAAGACCAGGGGUUUGAGCACCUGAAGAUCACCGUGGGUGUGGAUGGCACCCUGUACAAGCUGCACCCGCACUUUUCUCGGAUAUUGCAGGAAACUGUGAAAGAACUAGCUCCUCGAUGUGAUGUGACAUUCAUGUUGUCAGAAGAUGGGAGUGGAAAGGGAGCAGCUCUGAUCACUGCUGUGGCCAAGAGGUUACAGCAGGCACGGAGGGAGAACUAGGAACCCCUUGGGGUUGGGCCGCAUGUGCCUUGGAUACUGACCAGCCUUUCCUCUGGCAGAUGAGUUGGUCAGAGACCAGCAGGCAAGCUUCUGGCUGACUUCACCUUCUGGAUAGCCAAAAGAGAACCCCAGGUUCUUGGGUACUCUUAGCAUUUUGUUACUGGUUUUCAAGGGCAUUAAAUGACAUCUCUGUUUGGCGUGUUUGGACCAAAGAUGGACCAACUUAUAAAAUCAAAGCAUUGGGCCCAAGAGAUCCCCUUUCAGCAAGUCUUUCAGUUGAGACCUGAGCUGUUAGUUCUCUAUGGCUUUGGGUCCUGUGGCUGCUGGGCUCAGAAACAAAUACAUGAUCUGCCCAUGUGGCCUGGCUGGCUGAAUUCCCCACUGGGAUGCUUCAGCCAUUGCUUGUAAUAGAUUGAGCCAUCUACUUGUGGAUGCACAUUUGAGAGGGAUUGGGGCUUAAUCAACUGGAGAUCGAAUCUAACUUGUCAUUAACUUGUCAUGUUGACUUCAAGCGUGAAGAGAGAACAAAAACUUUGGAGUAUUCAGCCCCAGGAUGAAGAAGCGUUGAUUGCCAGGGAGCCCUGUAGGAAACUUGUCAUGCUUAAAGUGAGUUAUAUCAGCACCCUGUAGGAUUUUGUUUCUCAGUAAACGUGUGUGAUGGGGAGGGUGCUGUUUGGGGCACCUGUUAUCAUUUUACAUGUGGUUUUUGUCACUGCUGAUAAUUGUUUUAAGGACUGUUAGGUAUAUGAAAUCCAGUAAAUGAAUAAAAAUAUUUGAUUUCCCAAGAA